UUCUCAUUUCCUUUUCGAUCAACCGAUUUAAUCCAUCAACUCACAAUUUUUUGUAACAAUUCAAACAAAAGAUUAAUCUAAUUUCACUGAUGUAUGAUUUAUUUUGUGCAUACGAACAGUGACAGGAAAAAUCGAAUCAGAAGAAUGGGGAGUGCCGUUAGUAAAGCAGCAAAUGGAAUCGGAGGUCUUCUCGGUAAUGUUUUCGCCGCUCCGUUCAAGACUCUUCUCGGCGCUUCAUGCGAAGACUGCAUUGGGUAGCAGAGAUGUUUGUGCAGGACCUUGGGAUGUUAUUUGUUUCAUAGAGCACUUAUGCGUCGGCAAUCUCGUCAAAUUGGUCAUGAUCUUAGGGCUCUCCUACUUGACUUUGUUAUUUUUCUACCUGUUGUUCAAAGUGGGGAUUUGCCAGUGCAUAGGAAGAACCAUAUGUAAGAUGUGUUGGGCGUUAUGUGAGACAUACUGGUGUGGCUUAGAAUAUAUGACUUGUUUUCUAUGGCACAAGUUAAAGAACAUUAAACGUGUUCGUCGGAGGAGACGUUUUCUAGACAUUGAAAAAGGGUACAGCUCUGGAAGUAACUACGAGUUCGAAGAUGAUUAUCGUCAGCAGCGGAGAAAGCGUAAGUCGGUGAGGGAAGGAAGCAAGUUUCAUCAUCAUCCUACGAGGUUGAAGAGUAGGGAGAUUUCUUUUCGUGUUAAAGGUGGUUCUCAAAGGUUAAGAAGACACUCGUCGAGACAGCUGCAGUUAGUUAAAGCUAAAAAUCAUCAUAGGAAUCUUGGAAAGUCCAAAAGGAGGCGUCUCAAGUGAUCAUGAAGAGUGGAUUGGCCAUUGUUUUUGUGUUGGAAUUUCUAAUUUAUUGCUAUCUAGUCUUAUCAGUUAUUGAGGUGUAUCUUAUUUCUGUCAUCUCAUACAAAUGAAACUGAACAAGGGAUCAAUAAUCAUCAAUAUGGUAAUAUCUCAUACAAUCAUUAAUAGUAAUAUCUGUGAGCGUAGUCAUUAAUAGUAAUAUCUGUUUAUUUGAAAGAGAGUAUCUCUUCAUUCAUUGUACAUACAAGCCAAUUGCUUUGUUGAGGAAUGAAAUCUUUGUAUUUAAGAUUGA